GCUGAGUCCUGUAACUGUGCUCCUGACGCACAACUUCGGGAACUGUGCUGGGGUCCUGGCUGGUGGGCGGGUCCUGAGGCCGGUCUGCUUCUGGGAGUUAGAAAUUCCUACAGAGGGCUGCCGGCUCGGUGUCUGGCAGGGUUUUAGGAGUUUUUAUUGCAGCGGAUACCCUGUUCUAGAUACUGGGAGAGGAUAGAUGUAAUAGAAAACGGGUCCUGCUUGCAGAAGCCAACUGUCCAGUUAGAUUCCACAUUCUCACAAUAAGCAGAAAAUUAUCAAAAUAAUAAUAAAAAAAAGAUUGAAAUGCAGUUCAUAUGUGUUAACGGGCCGCAAAUUUUAGGUGGAAGAAAUGCCGUAUGAAAGUGACUGAUGGUAAUGGGGACAGUGGCCGUGUCCUUGGCCAGGGCUGGCCACACAGGUGUUAGCCUGUCCGUGUCCACAUUUGCGGGGUAAAUGAUUGAGUCGACAGGAAGUAGACUUGGGAGGUGAAUUUCCAAGAAAAGGAUGAAGGUGGAGAGGAAAGGAGGGUGUCUUGGGAACAGUGACAGAGCACUGAGCUGUUGGAGGAAUCCCAGGAUUGCAGGUGACAAAGGGGGAUGAAGCCAUGCAGAGGAAGAGGGUGUUCCUCCUGAUAAGAAAGUUGUUGAGGACUUUGAUCCGUGCUGAUGUGACCUUCGGGGGCGGCAUCCAGGAGCGGCUCAUGUGCGGUGACUUGCCCUUUUCCUGUGUGAACGCGCCCGAGUGUGGAUCCCGGCCCUGUUGCUUGCUGGCUCUGUGAUCUCCGAUCAAACUGAGGGCCCAGCGAUAGAGGCUUGGCAGAGAUCAUUCAUCUGGUUUUUCUUAGAGACGGAGCUGAACCCCCGGGCUUGAACCUCCAGCAUGCAGACCUCCAGCUCCAGGUCUGUGCACCUGAGUGAAUGGCAGAAGAAUUACUUUGCAAUUACAUCGGGCAUAUGUACCCCAGGACAGAAGGCAGAUGCGUACCGAGCACAGAUAUUACGCGUUCAGUAUGCAUGGGCAAACGCUGAGCUCUCCCAAGUCUGCGCCACCAAACUGUUCAGAAAAUACGCAGAGAAAUAUUCUGCAGUUAUUGAUUCUGACAAUGUUGAGACUGGCUUGAAUAACUACGCAGAAAGCAUUUUAACUUUAGCAAGAUCUCAGCAGACUGACAGUGACAAGUGGCAGUCUGGACUGUCAAUAAAUAAUGUUUUCAUAAUGAGUAAUGUACAGGAGAUGAUGCAAGCUGGCAAAAAAUCCAGAGACUCUCUGUUGGCACCUGCUGAUGCCUCGGUAGUAAUCCAUAAAGAGGCUGUUGUCCUCGAGCCUUCUAAACUUAGUGUUUGUGGGGGUUCUGGGGAGAGUGGCCCAUUAACUAAUGCACCUCCUGGUACGAAUAGGACCCAAGACAUCCCAGAGAGCAGUCCUUCGAAGUGCCCUCAGGAUGCCCAGCCACCUGUCCUGACUAACACCAGAAAGACCUGUCCUUCAUCCUUAACACUGUUUGGUGACUUUGCCACUGCAAAAAUCCAUGCCACACCAUUAUUUGGAAAUGUUAAGAAGGAAAAUAACAGCUCUCCAAAGGCCAACAUAGGACUAAAUAUGUUCUCAUCUAAUCAGUCUUGUUUGCCUUCUGGCUUUGAAAAUCCACGGGAGAGAAAAACUUUUUAUGGUUCUGGCACCAUUGAUGCCCUUUCUGCCCCGAUAGUGAAUAAGGCUUUUAGUAAAACAGAGGAUAAUGGCCAAAGGGAAGAGAGUAGCCUGCCUACUUUUAAAACUGCAAAGGAACAAUUAUGGAUAGAUCAGCAAAAAAAGUACCACCAACCCCAGCGUGCAUCCGGGUCUUCCUAUGGUGGUGUAAAGAAGUCUCUGGGAGCUAGUAGGUCCCGAGGAAUAUUUGGGAAGUUCGUUCCUCCUGUACCUAAGCCAGAUGGGGGAGAUCAGAAUGGGGGAAUGCAGUAUAAGGCUUACGGUGCAGGAGCUGCGGAGCCAGCACAUCCAGUUGAUGAGCGGCUGAAGAACUUGGAGCCAAAGAUGAUUGAACUUAUCAUGAAUGAGAUUAUGGACCAUGGACCGCCCAUAAGCUGGGACGAUAUCGCAGGAGUAGAAUUUGCCAAAGCCACAAUAAAGGAGAUAGUCGUGUGGCCCAUGAUGAGGCCAGACAUCUUUACGGGUUUACGAGGACCCCCUAAAGGAAUUCUGCUCUUCGGGCCCCCCGGGACUGGUAAAACUCUAAUUGGCAAGUGCAUUGCUAGUCAGUCUGGGGCAACGUUCUUCAGUAUCUCUGCUUCUUCUUUGACGUCUAAGUGGGUAGGUGAGGGGGAGAAAAUGGUCCGUGCAUUGUUUGCCGUGGCAAGGUGUCAGCAGCCGGCUGUGAUAUUCAUUGAUGAAAUCGAUUCCCUGUUAUCUCAACGAGGAGAUGGUGAGCACGAAUCUUCUAGAAGGAUAAAAACGGAAUUUCUAGUGCAGUUAGAUGGAGCAACCACAUCUUCUGAAGAUCGGAUUCUAGUGGUGGGAGCAACCAAUCGGCCCCAAGAAAUUGAUGAGGCUGCCCGGAGAAGGUUGGUCAAAAGGCUUUAUAUUCCACUCCCAGAAGCUGCGGCUAGGAAACAGAUUGUGAUUAAUCUGAUGUCCAAGGAGCAGUGCUGCCUCAGUGAGGAGGAAAUUGCCCUCGUUGUAAGGCAGACCAAUGGGUUCUCGGGAGCUGACAUGACACAGCUUUGCAGAGAGGCGUCUCUCGGGCCUAUUCGCAGUUUACAAACUGUUGACAUCGCCACGGUAACACCCGAUCAAGUUCGACCAAUAGCUUAUGUUGAUUUUGAGAACGCCUUCAGAACCGUGCGGCCUAGUGUGUCUCCUAAAGAUUUAGAGCUUUAUGAGAACUGGAACAGAACUUUUGGUUGCGGGAAGUGAAGGGGACACACGGGACACUUGAAAUCUAAAGAUGGCAUCUUUGUAAUGCAGCCUUUCCCACUUUUUAGCAUGGGAAACUGGGAAUUUAUUAAUUGUACUUUUACAGUGUAUAUUUUGAAUUCUAUAGCUCAAAUAAAAUAGAGUAACAGUAGCUUACAU